GACCGAAUUUCUGCAAAUUUGCAGCUGAUAAAAACACGGAUGUUUUUCCACUUAAAUCUUUGAUUUAUAGUCUUCUGAUUAAUAUAUUCACAUUUCCAUGGAUGCAGGAUGGCAGAGGGAUUGACCAAUAAACAUAUUAUCAUACAAAGGAAAAAUUUAGUGCAUAUUUGCAGAUUAACAGUGAAGAACCUGAUAGACAAGUCAUGUAGAGAAUCAAUAGAGGGUGCCACUGAUGAACUUGACAAUUUUCUAGCUGUCAUUGAGAGAUUGCUGAAUUAUAGGAUCAAAUCCCUGCAAACCUGGUAUGGAGGGGAGGAGUUACGGCAUUUCUGGGACUAUAUAAGAGUGGCCUGUGUCAAUGUCCCUAAUAACUGUAUCAAGAAUAUAGAAACCAUUGAGACAUUGAAAACAUCAGUUGGCAAGGGUCGUGCCUGGCUGAGGCUGGCUCUUAUGGAAAAGAGGCUGGCAGAAUACAUUGCAGCAGCUAUACUCAACAAUAAAGUAACAAAAAUGUUUUACAGUGAAGGUGCAGUGAUGCUAUCAGAGGAUGCCGGUAGUCUGGUGACAGGUGUUCUUGUUGGCCUCAAUGCUAUAGACUUCAGUUUUGAUGUGAAGGGUGAAAACUUAGAGUCCAGUGGCUGUCCAGUGAUAGAUUUCAUCCCCUACCUUACAUUCAUUGGCAGGGAUGAGGAUGUAGAGGCAGACACAGUAACCAACAGGAACACUAACAGUGACACCAAUGAACUACAGGAGAAAUAUAAUAACCUUGCUGAUAAAUGCAAGACCAUAACUGAACAAAAGGCUUAUCUAGAGGAGCUAGUGAGACACCGUGACUCUCAGAUCUUUGAGCUACAGAGACAAAAACAGACACUCAUGGCGACAUUAAAUGGCUUUGAGGUUGAUUCACGUAAAGAACGCCAACAAUUAGAAGCUGUCAUAAUAGAACUGCAAACUCAAAUGACUUCUGCUAAGGAGGAGAAUAGAAGGAUGUAUCAGCAGCUCCAGGCACACCUCAGUCAUGCAGGGUCUUUGGGAGAUGUACCAAUGAGAGAUCUCAAUUCCCCAAGAAAGCGUGCCUCAGACAGCGAUGGGCAUAGUUUCACUUCAAUGGAUCAUGUAGCAGCAAGUCCCCCAUUGAAGGAAGAAUCAGGGAGCCUCAUUCCUAUGACAGGCUCCUUCACAUCUGAAUUCAGUAUGAAAUCAACAGAUAUACACAUCAUCCGGGGAAUGUCAACAGAUGUCUAUCCGAUUGAUGAGGUUCCGACUCCCAGUAGUGACACUGAUGGAACUACUUCCAACAUAAAAGAAAAUAGUCCACAGCAAAUGGAAGUAUUUGAAGUGGAGCCGGUGAAGGAAGGAAAUUAUGUGGCAGAUUGUGGACUUUUUGUCAAGGACGAUACUCCUUUUGAAGAACAGUCAGAUGAUGUUGCUGAAAAAUCAAAUGAACAACAAAGCCAGCCCCCUGAUGUCAUUCCAGUAUUAGAAAGUAGUUCCAGUCAGCAACAAGAAAAUAGUUCCAGCCACAAUGGACCAAACAACACAUCUGAUACUCCAGAAACAACAGAACAAAAACAAUCUAUCAGUGAACUCAAGGAGGAGAACACUGAGGCAUCAAUCAAAAGUGAUAUUCCUAAAGGACUAGAGGGACCUGAUGGAGAUUCCCUUAAGAAAGUUGUUGCAACAAUAAUUGAAGGCGAGGCAGACUCGUCAGGUUUAGACAGUCCUAUGUAGGGUAUAGAAAGUGCAAUAAUGCUCAAUUGAUUCUCUUGCCAAGAGACUACAUCCUGACCAGAUUUAUCUUUCUAUUAAGAAAUUGAACAAGGGGACAGAGGUUGAAGAGAUACGAAUAUUGGAAUAACUGAUUCGCUUGUAUUGACCUGAUUUGAAUUUUUGUUAUUAAAAAAUACUCACCCUCAACCAGCUCCUAUGGUCAAUUUAAGAGGAGACAAGCAUUCCUGUCAUAUAGAUUAUGUGUGUCCCCUUUUUCAAUGGAUCGAGGUUUUUGGUAUUUAUCAAUAGCAAUUUACAUGCAUCAAGACCCAUGGUCAAAUAAUGCAAUUUGGUUUUGAGCUCAUCGGAAUUUCCAUCUCAAUCAGCAAGUUCUAGUUGCAGACAUGACAUAUACUAUAGCAGAUAUUAGGUCUUUAGAACGCAUUUAUUGUAUCAUAUCAAUAUUUUAUUAAUUAGAACAACAUGUAUGUGCUAUGAUCCAAAAUACAUUUAUAUUAUCACAAAUGUUAUGGGCUUGGUCUUGAAACCCCAUGAGGCUACAUUCUAGUAUAUAAUGGUAUAUUUUUGGGCCCAAUAGAUUAAACAAAAAAACAUGUAGAUCCAUGUUAAUUUAUUUUUAAGUUAAUAAUAUAAUGACAACUUAGUCAUUUACAUAAAAAGAUCGAAAUAUGCAUAGCUUAAAUGACAUAUAUUACUACCUAGAAAUAAAAAUUGCUUUUUCAAGUUUUGAUUUACUGUAUUGAUUUAUUUUAGGCCUAUAACAAAUGUUUGUUAUCAAUUUAUUUAGUUUAUAUAAACAUGUAGUUGUAUAUCAUGAAUAUUGCCACUAGAACACAGGCAGUACACUGACAGUUGCACUUUUAAGUGUAGCUUCUUUAUUCUACAUGUAAUUAUCGUUUAUUUAUAUAUUAUUUAAAUAACCAUGAUUUAGCUAUCCAAAAAUUGGAUGUAAAUGAUAUUGUAAUUUAUGCCAAAUACUGCAUAUCUGUGCCAUAAUGUAUCACUUAAAAAUCUUAUAAUUUGCAAUAUUUCAUUAUAAUGUAAAUGAGCGAUGGAUUUAGGAUUUUGUACCUUGAAAUCAAAGAUUCUUUAUGAAAUAUAAUCUUCCGUAUGAUCACUUGUAAAAUUUCCCAAUCUCCAUUUUUGGUUAUGUGUGUCACUCUUAGUUGGUUUUAAAUGUUCCAAAUUGCAAACUAUUCAUGUGUGCAAUCUUUUCAUGUACACCAUAUCUGAUGGUUAAGAACAUUCCCUAUUAGUAUUUGUAAGUAAAUGCAAAUUAUGACAAUUUUGAUUUUAGAAGUAUAGCAAAGUAUUGAAAGAACAAAAAUGUAAUGUAGUUCAGUAUUAAUGAAUAGUGUGUUAUGGAGCAUUUGUUCUUUUAGGUUUUUCAUUUUUUUCUUUACUUAACAAUAUUCCUUAUGUCCCAGUAAAACUUUUUUGCUCAUCAAUUCUGACUUUAACUUGUACUUUUGAUCAGUCUGUUAUAGUAUCAUCAAAAAUAUAGAAGACAUUAAUGGUGAAUGGUAUGAGACAAACAAUGUCCGAUUUAAAUGUUUCUGUUGGAAGUUUUCGAUGCAGAAUCAUAGUACUGCUUUAUUGUACUCCCAAUAUGUUAAAGUGUCAUGAUUUCAAACAUGGUUGAUGAGAGAUACAUAUGUAUUUUCACUACUGCCAAUAUUGGAAGCUGACACAAGGGACCCAAGGAGAAUUGAAAAAAAUGUGUAACACUAUUUGAUAGUAAUUGUUACAGGGUAUUACAAUCAAUUGCAAAUUCUUUACAUUA